AGAUUUUGUUUCAGGUGGUUAUGUGGGGGAAUUUGGCAGUUGAGAAAACUUUAAAUUUCAUGGAAGUUGGAAAUUGUUUUUUAUUUUUUAAUGCAGGCAUUUUAAAUUCUGCUUGGAAUAAAUUGUUGCUUGCGAGUUAAGACUUCAGUUGUAGAAUGUGUGGUGAAUACAAGCUCAUAAUAAUACUCAACAGUUUAUAACUUUUACGAAAAUAUGUUGAAAACUUUUAAUCUUUGAGCUUUGUUUUUGAGUUAUGAUUUUGUUACAGUAAAACAAUCAUUUUUGUUGACGCGAGAUUAAUUUUCAUCUCAAAAUGCCUGGCUUCAGUAACUUACUUGAAGGAAUAUCCAACAUCAACGAUGAGGCUAGAUGUACAGCUGAAGAAAUGGAUGAAGCACGACGUAAAAAUGUUGCUUAUGAGUACCUGUGUCAUUUGGAAGAGGCAAAAAAAUGGCUAGAAGCCAUGUUGAAAGAGCGCCUACCGCCGGCUCCAGAACUGGAGGAGAACCUCCGCAAUGGCAUCGUUCUGGGGAAGCUGGCCCACCUGCUGUCCCCUUCCGCCGUUCCGCUAUUCCGAAUUUACGACCUGGACGCCAAGCGCUAUGCCCAGGUGGGCUUGCAGUUCCGGCACACUGACAACAUCAACUACUGGCUCAAGGCCUUGGAGUGUGUGCGCUUGCCCAAGAGACUUACGAUUUUUAAUUAUCCACUUAUUAUUAUUACUAUUGCUAUCACAUAUUACUUCUGUAUUAUUACUACAAUUGUGUUGACAGACGACGAAAUCCAAGUGAUGAGCGAGCAGUUGCAGCAGAGCGGAGUUCCGAUGCCGUCGUUCCAGGGCAUCGGCCGACUGCUGUCCAACGAGCCAGACAUCGAUCCGCAUAUACUGCACGAGGCCAUUAUACAAGUCAAUAACGCCAUUGAUGCUCAGGAUUCAAAACUGUUGCUUGAGAAGCUGGCCAAUCCAUAUUUGAGAAUAAAACAUGUUCUCAUGACCUACGCUGACAACUACUUGAAUAUAUUGUAUUCGGCCAAGGCACAGAAAGUGGAAACUGCUCAGAACAAGUCCUUGAAUGGCAGUCAUACAGACGAGUAUGACGAGCUUUUGGAUAGAUCCGAACUUCAAGGCCAUAUAACAUUCACAAAUGUUCAAUGUAAAUGGGAUGAAAUUCUGAAUUCCAUAAAGAAAAACGACCCAGGCGCUUUGUACGUUAUUCUGACUGAUUCCUGUUUGGAGUUGUAUGAUGUUGAACGGGGCAACGAGGACUUCUACGCGGCGGAACUGCAGGACUACAUAGAGGACAGGGAGAGGGUGGUGAUGCACAGUGCGGCACAGCAGACCAAAUUCCUGCAGAAUGUUGUCGACAAUGGAAACAAAGAGGCCGAGAUUGAACGCAAACGUAUGUGGUACAAAACGUACCAUGCCAUACAUCCCAACAACAGCGCUAGAGGUGGAAGUGCGGUUAUUGUAAGAGAAGAGCUAAACCAUCACGAAUUCAAGAAGAUAGAAUUGCAGGAGUUCCAGUCGAUUUCAAUCAAAGUCAAACUUAUCGGUAGACCAUCUGGUACGAUCACAAUUAUUGGAGCCGUCUACUGUCCACCACAAUUUAAAUUGAAGAAGAUGGAAUACAUUGAUUUCCUGAACAACUUCACAGGGAAAUUUAUCAUCGGAGGAGAUUUCAAAUCAAAGAAUACACAGAUAAAACAAGAUGAUGCUUUUUCAUCUCUCAAAGAAAUCAGGGCUGGAGUUCCUCAAGGAAGUGUGCUAGGUCCCCUCUUGUACAUCCUCUACACAUCUGAUAUACCUCAACCCGAAAACGAAGAACUAGUGUAUAGCGAUGUGGUGGCCAGCCUGCGAGUUCUGUCGGACAUAGCCGAUGUGUCGGCAGCUGUCGAUGUUGGAUGCCCUGAUCGCAUCUGGGAAACUCUCUCCAAACCAGCCAUACGGCUCAAGACACUGCUCGAUCCCGAACUGAAACUUCAGUAUUGGCGCGCUUUGACUGCCUGUCGUCAGUUCAAAUUGUCCGAGAACUGCGCAUGCGCUCUGCUCUGUUACAUGGACAUACACGACUGUGUGGCGCUCGUCAACUCGGAGCACAACGACAACAAAUCAGCAAUCGCUUCUCUCCAGGCAUUGAAUCAUGCCGUGGCAAUUGGUGAUAAGACAAAGCUGUUUGAAGCCCUACUAAAUCCGGCACUGAAAAUAAAUCAUGAACUAUCCAAGCGAGACAUAUCUCUACUGCUGAAGCUAUUACAGGACCAUCGUAACGAUCUAGCCGAAGGUAUGGAGUUGUGGCUGGUGGACGUUCAAGACAUCAUUGAAAAACUUGUCAACGAUGUCGAAGAAGUCUGUGAAGUAUGGGAAUGGUUGAGCCGAGUGAAUACAGCAUUGAGAAACAAUGACAAAGAGGACACUAUCCUGUGCCUCACCAGUGCUCCAGAUUGUUGCAGUAUGGAUAAACUGUCAUCAGUCAACAACAAAGAGAUUGUCAGAGUGUACUCGUUGCUCUACAAUUACAAGUCUAAUAAGAUGAAUCACUGCACAACAAAAUGGACAACUUAUUGUACGAAAUCCGGUCAUAAUGUUUAUUUGAAUUUGGAACAUUUAGAGAAUCCGUUCACAUGGGAAAGGCCCUAUGGAGUCGCCGAUAACUGUUCGAAAGAUAACUCUGGGAACCUGAAUGUUGGCGAGAUUUUGAGUAUUGUUGAGAAAGUCGUACAGAAAUCGAAUGAAAAAACGACCAAAGAUAACGGCAAUCAACCCAGCCAGUCGCCGCCUAAACUUGACGAGCGUCAAAAUAGAUCCACGAUUGAACAAGAGGUGAAUUUGAGAAAGCGCAACAGAUCGGCUGUAAAAAUUCAGAGGUGGUGGAGAGCAAUUAUUUUCAAGAGAAAGCAGCAAAAGUGUGUUGUGAAAUCGCCUCGUUUUUCCAGCGGGGACGAUAUCUUGAAAUACUACAGAAACAAGGUGAAGGAAAUAAUAAGAGUGCAGGCACUGUGGAGAGGUAGGCAAACUCGCAAUGUCUACAAUAGCCUUGUUCACCAGCCGAAUCCUUCGUUCAAGAUUGUUAGGCACUUCAUACCUCUACUCGAAUUCAACACUGAGGAUUAUCAACGUGAACUUCAACUGCAGGCGCUGAAGGCUGACGUGGUGCGAGCGAUCAGACACAAUAGUGAGUUGGACAAGCAGUUGGAUCAGAUGGACAUCAUGAUUGGUCUGCUCGUCGAGAAUAGGACAACCAUUCAGGACGUGCAAAAAGCUGGCAAACGCCUGAACGAUACAGUGAGCAGUGGUAACGGAGGCUUGAAAGCACUGAACGCCUCCAGUCGUAAACAACUAGUGGCCUAUCAACACUUGUUCUACACCCUGCAGACCCAACCACAUUACCUGGCAAAGCUCGUCUUCUGUUUGCCGCAGUCUCGGUGCACCCAGUUCUUAAGGGUGGUCAUAUUGAGACUGUUCAACUUCACCACCACAUCGAGGGAGGAGUAUCUGCUACUGAAACUGUUGCAACAUGCACUACAUGAGGAAAUCAAAUGUAAGAUAACGAAACCAGCCGAUGUGAUAACGGGAGAUCCUCUAGUCCUGAAUGUCGCAGUCAACUAUGCCAGGCAGCACUACGGACAAAAUACACUCAGCCACAUUCUUGGACCGAUUGUUAUGAAGGUGUUGAAUAAUAAAAUGUUGUCAAUCGAUACAAACCCUCUGAGCAUCUACAAUCGCUGGCGAAUUGAAACAGAAACAGAGACUGGAAUGGCGAGCAAUUUGCCAAACCUGUCGAGUGCGACAGAAGCAUUGGACUACGAAGAGGUGAUGGAGCGGCUGCAGUCGAGCAUUGCCCAACUGAAGGCGAACGUCACCAUGUUCCUCGAUCACAUAAUGGAGUCAAAGGCCGCCAUUCCCUAUGGCCUCCUCUUUCUGGCCAAGGAGCUGCGAAACGGACUACGAAUGAAGUUCCCCGAUGUGCUGGAGAAGGACAUUCUCAAGGUAGUGGGCAAUCUGAUCUACUACCGGUUCAUAAACUCGGCGAUUGUGGCUCCGGACGCAUUCGACGUGCUGCCAGCCGAGCAGCCGCCACUCACCAACGCGCAGCGCCACAACCUCGCCAGCAUCGCCAAAAUCCUUCAGUUCGCCGCCUCCAAGAAAGGGUUUGGCGAAGAAUCACCUCAUCUGCAGGGCUUGAACCAGUUUCUAGUCGAAUGCCACGAGAAGUUCAAACAGUUUCUGCGCUCGUGCUGCGAAGUGGAGGACCUCGAGUCGCACUUCUUCAUCACCGAAUUCACCGAAGCCACCCUCAUCAACCAGCCUGCCACCUAUGUCACACUCCAGGAAUUGAGAGACGUACACAGAGUGUUACUAGACUAUGCGGAGCAUAUAGCCCCCGACCCCCAUGACAUGCUGCACGACUUGCUGGCCGACCUUGGUCCUCUGCCUACCGCAUCUCAGCUGCUUGGCUGUCAGUAUCUCAAUUAUCUUGAUUAUGUUUUGUUUGCUCUGAAUUGCAGAACAAAAGAGCUGCUAGUUGAAGUGCUGCCGUUGCUGAGCGGACACAAUCUGCCGGGCGCACUCCGCAUUGAACCAACCGACGCCCAGGAGGAGGCAUUCAAACUGCGACAGGCUAUCAAGGCGCAAAAUAACGAGAACAGUGAGAGUGGUGGACUUCGCGAGAGCAAAGCGCGGCUGCGCAAACUGUUGUCGCAGCUGGAAGAGCAGGGCCUGGUGAGUCGGGAUGACGGAUAUCAGACAAUCAUCUCUUCCCUGGCCAAGGACAUUUGCAACAAGGGCCGCUACAGAAACAUACAGGCUAAGGAACUGAUAUCUGUAAGAGCAACCAAGAAGGCGCUGGAUGAAAAGAGCAAAUUCUUCGAGGAGAAAGUGAAGUUCUACAACGAAUACAUUGAUAAGUGCUUGGAGAACAUUGGCAGGAAUAAACGAAACGUGCACCACACGCUGACCGGUGCGGGAGGUGACAGUGCUCGCAAAGUGAAGAAGAAAGUCACCCUGAAGUACACAGGCGCCCAGCUGCGCGAGAAGGGCGUGGUGACGUCAAUCGAAGGUCUGCCGGCUGCCCAGUUCAAGAACGUGCUCUUCGAGAUCAGUGCUGCAGACACGGCAGGUCGAUUCCUCAUUAGGGGAAAGUACAUGGGUGUCGAACUCGAGAAGGUCGAGAUCGAUAUCAAGAAACUGCUACAACUUCAGUAUGAAGGCAUCGGAAUGAUGGAUAUAUUUGGAAAAGCCAAGAUCAACAUCAACCUACUCAUCUAUCUUUUGAAUAAGAAAUUUUAUCUCAAAUAACAAAUCAAUAGUAAUCAUCGAGCUUUGUAAUUUUAGUGUCAACAAUAUGACUAGAAUAUUUUAAGAAAAUUUAUUCUGAUGAAGUUUAUUUCUCUAUUUGAAUGAAAUUUCAAAUUAGUGAUAAUGUAUUUAUAAUUAUUUAGGACAUUCAGUAGUUGAAUAUCUUUACAUCAUAGGAUUGUAAAAAUACUCAUACUGGAAGCUAAAAUCAUGACUGCAUGUAUAAAUUGAAUAAGACUGUGAAUGGAUUUGUAAAUUAAUAUUUGGAUUAGUUUUUGUAAAUUUGUUUUGCCAAAGAUUUGUGACAUAUAGUUUUUAAUGUAUUAUCCAUGACCAGUGCCUUAAAACUAUAAGUUUUUUAAUAGUCUACUAAUAUUCCUAUAAGUUGAUUUUAGUUUUUUAGUCCUAUCAGAGGAUGUAGUAGAAAAUGCCUAACUUAUAGAAAAUAAGUUUCAUAAAAAAUGCUUGCUUCCUCAUUUUUAGAAUAUACAUAAUUGUAAUUAAAUUUUAUUCCUAGAUUUACAUAUUACAAUUUUAAUAACAUGAUAUUAAUAUUUUAUUGAAUUAUUCACUUAUUUUAUUUGCACAAGAACAACUCAGGACACAUCCUAACAACUUUUGAUAUUUAUUCUAUUAUUUGUAAGUUUUAUCAUUUUUGCUGAUCCUUCAAGUGAAAAUUCCUUGAUAAUUUAUAUAGUUUAAGUUACUGUAAAGUUUAUAUUUUGUACCUUUGUAUCAUUGAAAUAUAACAAUAUAUUCAUCAGCAUUCCUUCAUUAAUUAGCCUAGCAUUUAUAGGUCCUGUUCGUUUUUGAAAUCUUAUACCUUCUAGGACCUGUUAUAUGUAACAUUUAGAAAUCAAGUAUUUGAGGAGUUAAUUGCUAUUAAAUGAAAAUUAAAA